GAAUGGGAAGCGGAUUAUUAGUCAUCCUCUAAGCCUUUACCUGUCUCAUUCUUAUCAUUGUUCUCACCCUUCCUUCUCUAACCCUAAUUCUAUCUCUCCAAUCAUCACUAAAACUAAAACUACAACCAAACAGCACCAACAAAUAUCUGUACACAAAUUAUUCUCUUUUUCUCUAUUCUCUUUCUUUUCUUCUGUUCUUUUGUUCUCUUCUUUUUCUUUUUCUCUUUUCCUUCACUUCUCUGCUGCGAGAACGUCUGAUUUUGGUCUGGGUUUCGAAUUUCUUCGAGAAAUUUCAAGAGUCUUUGUAGCAUAUGCUUUCUGUGGGUUCCCUUCAUCUCAUGAUCUGAGUGGAAGCAAUACAUAAACUGGGUUAUAACAAUUUUUUCUUCAUGGAAGAGUUCAGUCGCGCUCGGUUUGAUGGCAUUGGAAGUACUGCAAGAAAGAAAAGGAGUCAAACAUCUCGGCGGCCUAAGCCUGAUGCACGACAAUUCAUUGACAGUCAUGAUAAUUCACUCUCAUCAACCCCACCACCUUCAGAUGAUGUAAGUAAGGCCUCCAGUGAUGAGAAUGAUACUAAUUCUAGGAGGAAAGAGUUCAAUCUUAAUCAAUGCAUGUCCAAGGUUUCUUCUGCUACUGAAGUUGAAGGUGAAAAGUCUUAUAUUAGGAAUAAGGAGUUUGGAGGACUCAAUGCAUUUUCCCACAAUGAUCCUGGACGAAGUAUGAUUAAUAGUAAACGUGCUAGUGAAGGUGUCCUUGCCCCUGCUAAUUGGAGAAGCACCAGUAAGGUAAAGGAAUCCUUUGAAUCAGAGUCAAGUAGUGCAGAUGUCUACAUUGGAAGGAAUGGUGAAAGUUCAGGGCAGUCUGGAGUGAUUUUAGAUGGAUUAGGAAAUGAGAACAAAGUUAAAAAAGUGAAGCUCAGGGUUCGUGGUGUCACACACACAAUCCAUGCCGACUCAACGACUAAUGGUGCAAUUUCUACCAAGAGCUCUCGAUUCUCAGAAACUUCCAGAUCUCGUCAGAAGCAAAACCUUCAGUGCAAUCUACAGGAAGACAAUUCCAUUUUAGAUAAGAGGUCUGGUUUGCAAGGAGUCCCUUGGAAAGAUUUCUCCAAAGGUGGUUUUAUUCUUGGGAAAGACAGUACUUCUAUGGGGAGGAUAUCCGGAAAGAAUACAUCAGGAAAGCAAGGAGAGAAAUCUGAACCAGUUCGUAAGAGCAAGCGGGUGCCCAAGAGACGUGUGCUAGAUGGGGACAUUGGUGAAGAGUAUGAGGAUGAUGAGAUCCGGUACCUGGAGAAACUUAAAACUCCAAAGAUUGCAGCUGCAUAUAAAGAUUAUGAAGAAUCAAGCACGAAACAGCAAAAGCUGCUGAGCGUGGAAAAAGUUGGUGCUUCAAGUUCAGUGAAGGAUGGGAAGAAGAAGUCCACUUUAGAGAGGGCAUCAGAGGACACAGAUUAUGAGGACGAAGAAGAUCUGGCAUCUGAGGGUGAGGUCGAAGGUAAUAAGAAGAAGAAGCAGAAAAGGGAAUCUGUGGAUGCAUUGAUGGAUAGUAAGAGGGAGAUGACUCUGACCACGCGUCAACGUGCCCUUCAGUCAAGCAAAGAUGGCUCUGCACCUGGUUCUAACCUAAUUGAGUUUCCGAACGGAUUACCGCCUGCGCCAUCAAGAAAGCAAAAGGAGAAACUUACUGAAGUGGAGCAGCAACUAAAGAAGGCUGAGGCUGCCCAGAGACGUAGAAUGCAAGUUGAGAAGGCUGCAAGGGAAUCUGAGGCUGAGGCUAUUAGAAAAAUACUUGGUCAAGAUUCCAGCAGGAAGAAGCGAGAAGACAAAAUAAAGAAGCGCCAGGAAGAAUUGGCACAGGAGAAGGCUGCUAAUGCCCUGGUGCUUGGAACAAACACAAUUAGAUGGGUCAUGGGUCCUACUGGGACUGUUGUGACUUUCUCCAAUGACAUGGGCCUCCCCAGCUUAUUUGACUCUAAACCUUGCAGCUAUCCUCCUGAGCGUGAAAAAUGUGUGGGUCCUUCUUGUACUAAUCCAUACAAGUAUAGAGAUUCAAAGUCAAAGCUUCCGCUUUGCAGCCUACGCUGCUACAAGGCAGUUCAGGGACAGCUGGGAGCUGAAGCUAGCUGCUAAUUUUGUCAUUCCUGAUGCCCGUCAAUAUUUUUGCACAGCUAUGUUGAUAUUUCUGUUAACUAUAGUAUAGGCUAAUGAAAGAUAAUUUUUAACUUAGUGUUGAAGGGUUAUACAAGGAUGUUGGCUGAUUUGCUGUCAUCUACGCCUUGAAUAUCUAUAAAUGAAAAUUUGCCUUCAAUGGCUGAGAUAUGUUCUAGGUAUUUAUGCAAUGCAACUGAGAUUUGUUCUAGA